GAAGAAAAAGAAAAUGAAACCUGUCAGGAUACACACGUCUGUUUUCUACAGUCACUGGUCUGUCCAUAGAAGUAAGCUUCUAUUGCACAUCAUUCUUCACUAGCGGUCUCCAGCGCCACAUUUUCAUAUCUCACAGCUUGUGCACAGAAAGCAGUGUUGUGUCGAACUUCGUAUCUGGUCCUGGAGACACAACGCACGACACAGACCACAACAAACCAAAACUAAAGGCCGAGUUACCAUUAACUAAAACAAUGCACCGUGUUUGUCAGGGUUCUGAGCAGCUAGUUUGCGCUGUUCCUGAUCAUUCUUGAAACGAACUGGCUGGUUGUAUACGAUGAUAAACCGCUGUGGUCUGCUAACUCUCCAGAAGGAACCAGUUCCUCUGAAGAGCAUUGAGGUGGAGCUGGAGGUGAGGGACCAUGUGGCUACAGUGGUCUCCACUCUGAACUAUGAAAAUAAGGAGGACAAACCAUUAGAGGCUGUUUUUGUCUUCCCUCUGCCUGGAGAUGCUGCUGUCUGUCAUUUCAGUGCUAAGAUUGGACAGACACAGAUUGUAGCUGAGGUGAAGGAGAAACAGAAGGCUCGUGAGGAGUAUGAUGAUGCUCUGAGCUCCGGUCAGCAGGCCUUCCUAUUGGAGGAGAGUGAUCAGAGUCCAGAUAUAUUCUCUCUGAGUGUGGGCAGUCUGCCUCCAGGAGAGAGCGCCUCCAUCAGGUUGGAGUACGUGACUGAGCUGGCUGUGCAGGCUGAUGAUGGUCUGAGGUUCUGUCUGCCUGCUGUGCUCAACCCUCGAUAUCAGCCUCAGGGUAGUGAAGGUGCAGGAGUCCAGGUGACUUCUGUUCCAGCCUCUCUGGUGCCCUACAGCCUGUCUUUCUCUGCCCGAGUGUCCUCUCCUCGUCCAAUCUCUAAAGUAGAGUCCAACUGUUCCUUGGACCCUCUCCAGUACCUCAACACUGAUCAAACCCAGGCCACGGUCAAUUUGGCUGCAGGACACAAGUUUGACAGAGAUGUUGAACUGCUGAUUUAUUACAAAGAUGCCCACCAGCCCACUGCUGUGGUGGAGGCAGGACAGGCCUCUGCUGAGCCGGGCUCUCUGAUGGGUGAUCCAGUAGUGAUGGUGAGUCUGUACCCUGAAUUCCCCCAGUCUGUGAUGUCUUCAAUGGCUUCAUGUGGGGAGUUUGUGUUUUUAAUGGAUCGGUCCGGAAGUAUGGACGAUUAUGUCACAAACAGCAAGCAGCAGGAAACUUGCAUCAGCAGUGCCAGGGAUACUCUGCUGCUCCUGUUGAAGAGCUUACCAAUGGGCUGCUAUUUUAACAUUUACAGUUUUGGGUCUGGAUAUGAACACAUCUUCCCUAAGAGUGUGGAGUACAGCCAGCAGACCAUGGAGGAGGCUCUGAAGACAGUUGAGCAGAUGGAGGCUAAUCUUGGAGGAACUGAGAUCCUGCAGCCCCUCAAACAUAUUUACAGCCAGCCCUGCAUUCCCAAUCAGCCUCGACAGCUGUUUGUCUUUACUGAUGGAGAGGUGGGGAACACCAAAGAAGUGAUAGAUCUGGUGAAGAAGAAUUCAGGUUCUCACAGGUGUUUCUCUUUUGGGAUUGGGGAAGGGGCCAGCUCUGCUCUCAUCAAUGGGAUGGCAAAGGAAGGAGGAGGUCACGCUCAGUUCAUCACAGGGACUGACAGGAUGCAAGCAAAAGUGAUGCAGUCGCUGCGAUUUGCUCUGCAGCCGGCUAUGGUCGACAUCUCAGUCACAUGGGAUUUACCAAAGGAAGUGUCUGUCACUGUCCUCUCUCCACCAGUCACAGCACUUUUCCAGGGUCAAAGGUCACUGAUUUAUGCCCAGCUCACUGGACAGAGGUCAGAGGCAGCAGAGGGCUGUGUGAUGGUGAAGUACAGCCUGGCAGGUCAUCCCUCUGAGAACCAGCUGCACUUCAGUCUCAGACCUGCAGAGGACACUGGACUAACAGUCCACAGGUUGGGUGCUCGGACUCUGAUUCGCUCCCUGGAGAUGGAUGAGAGAGAGAGCAGAGGACAGCAAGAUGGAGGAGUGAAGGAGGUGGUGGUGAAGCUCAGUGUCCAAUCAGGAGUGAGCAGUUCUUUCACUGCCUUCAUUGCUGUCAAUAAAGACAACAGCAAAGUGAUUCAGGGACCUCUUGUGCGCAGAAAUAUUCCAACGCCCUUUGCUCCCUUGAGGGCAGGUGGUUCACCAACAUAUAAGAUUGCUCGCUUGAGGGGAGGUGGUUCACCAAUGUUGGUAAAUGGGCUAAUGGGUUGUCCACCUCCCAUGAUGCGUGUGUCAAGCCCUGUUGUGUUUGGUGCUUCAUCAGGACUUAUGUUGGACUCUGUGCUGAUGGCUGCUCCAAUGGGCAUGAGUGCAGAAGCAAAGAGAAGGAAAAAAGAGGGCAGAUUCAGUAAAGCUGCUGCACCCGAGCAGCCACCCAGAGACCCUUUGCUGCACUUAGUCUCCCUGCAGGAGGCGUCUGGCUGCUGGCUGCUUGAUCCAGCUCUGGCUACUGCACUGGGAAAGACCAACAAGAAGGUGGAAAAGUCAAAGCCUGAAAAGGCCAACAGUGAAGUGUGGGCCACCAUUCUGGCUCUGAUCUGGCUUCAUGCCUUCAAGAUGGAUGCAAAGGACGAGUGGGAGCUUCUGGCUAUGAAGGCUGCCUCAUGGCUCCGUGCUCAGAAUGCGCCGUGUGUGACAGAGUGUGUGGAUGCUGGAAAUGUCCUGUUGGGUUGCAGCGUGAGGAAAGAAGCUCUGGGCCUCUGAGGGGUUUCUUAUUGCGGCUUCACCUUCAGUGUGAUCAGAAGCAGAUCUGCGUACACCACACUGCCUUUGAUUGAGUGCUGUUACAUAUUAUGUACCCUGCUGCUAGUUCUUAGUGAAUUGGAGUGAAUGGAGCUAAAUAGCUAAAAUGCCUGUUAAGAGACUUUACUCCAAAAAGUCCAAAGUUUAUGUUCACUUCUACAAAAGAAAAGUAAGUAUAUUAUGGUCAAAUUAAGUGAACUCAUACAGAACAUCAUUGUUUCUCUCACAGGGGUUUUCCAUAAAAUGCUAUCAGUUUGGUGGAUGUAGUGUUUUUGUGAACACCAAAAUAAAAAUGUUAUUUUACAA